AUGCCCUCGCCCACCCCCUCCGAGAAAAUCUCCCUCCAAGCCUCAAACACAGUCUACACCUACCACUGCCUCUGCAGCCACCUCCUCCUCGCCACCACAACACCACUCCCCUCCCUCCCAACCCGCACCCACUCCCUCGACAAAGCCCACAUCAUGCCGCUCCCCCCAACCCCGAAGCGGUCCUCCUCCUCCACCCAAACCUCGCCCGACCACUACGGCCUCCUGCUCUCGACGCGCCAGGACCGCAGCCCCGAAAUCAUCACGUCGGAUUCUGGGUUCGAGAAGCGGUAUCUGCAGCGCUGUGGGCGGUGUAACCUCGUUGUUGGCUACCAUCUUGAUUGGCAGCAGUUUUCGAGCGAUUUGGAGGGUCGGCGCGAGGAUUAUGUGUUUUUGCUGCCCGGGGGGUUUGUUUCGACGAGGGAUAUGGUGGGUGGGGGUGGGGGUUUGGGCGCAACCGGUGCUGCAGGUGCAGGUGCGGUUGCGGAUGGGUCUGCCGGCGCUGGCGGAGGCGGAGGUGGAGGCAGCACUACAGGCUCGUCCAUGGGCACAGUCAGCGUGCAGGAAGUCAAGGUGUAA